CCCGUGCGCGGAGGUGCCCGGCCGGGCAGGAUGCGCGCGCGCCCCGCGGGACCCCCGGCCCUGUGGCCGCUGCUGGCCUGCGCGCUGCUGGGCGGCGGGGCGCGCGGGGCCGCGGAGCCGCCGUUCCCCGAGUCGCCGGCGCGGAGACCCAGCGUGCUGGUGGCGCUGCUGGCCCGGAACGCCGCGCCCGCGCUGCCGCACUUCCUGGGCUGCCUGGAGCGCCUCGACUACCCCAAGAGCCGGAUGGCCAUCUGGGCGGCCACGGACCACAACGUGGACAACACCACAGAGAUCCUGCGUGAGUGGCUGCGUGGCGUGAAGAGUGCCUACCACUACGUGGAGUGGCGGCCACUGGCCGAGCCCAGGUCCUACCCCGACGAAAUCGGGCCCAAGCACUGGCCCAGCUCCCGUUUCACCCACGUCAUGAAGCUGCGUCAAGCCGCCCUGCGCACGGCGAGGGAAAAAUGGUCAGACUACAUUCUGUUCAUAGACGUCGACAACUUCCUCACCAACCCGCAGACGCUCAACCUGCUGAUCGCAGAGAACAAGACAAUCGUGGCCCCCAUGCUCGAGUCCCGGGGGCUCUACUCCAACUUCUGGUGUGGAAUCACACCUGAGGGCUUCUACCAGCGCACGCCCGACUACGUGCCCAUCCGGGAGUGGCGGCGCACGGGCUGCUUCGCGGUCCCCAUGGUCCACUCCACCUUCCUGGUGGACCUCCGGAAGGAGGCGUCCGACCUGCUGGCCUUCUACCCGCCCCACCUUGACUACACCUGGGCCUUCGACGACAUCAUGGUCUUCGCCUUCUCCAGCCGGCAAGCAGGCAUCCAGAUGUAUCUCUGCAACCAGGAGCACUUCGGCUACUUGCCCAUCCCCCUGAAGCCCCACCAGACUCUGCAGGAGGACCUGGACAGCCUCAUCCACGUGCGCAUAGAAGCCAUGAUCGACCACCCGCCCAUGGAGCCUUCCCAGUUCGUGUCGGAGACCCCGAAAACCCCCGACAAGAUGGGGUUUGACGAGAUCUUCAUGAUCAACCUUAAGCGCAGGAAGGACCGACGGGACCGGAUGCUGCGGACACUGUACGAGCAGGAGAUCGCCGUGAAGAUCGUGGAGGCCGUGGAUGGGAAAGCACUCAACACGAGUCAGCUGAAGGCACUGAGCAUCGACAUGCUGCCAGGCUACCGGGACCCCUACUCCUCCCGGCCCCUCACGCGGGGGGAGAUUGGCUGCUUCCUCAGCCACUACUCAGUGUGGAAGGAGGUGCUGGCGCGGGCACUGCCCCGGAGCCUGGUCAUCGAGGACGACGUCCGCUUCGAGCACCAGUUCCGGAGGAAACUGACGAGGCUCAUGGACGACGUGGCGCGGGCGGGGCUGGACUGGGAGCUGAUCUACAUUGGCCGGAAGCGCAUGCGGACGGAGGAGCCCGAAAAAACAGUGCCCGCCGUGCCCAGCCUGGUGGAGGCCGGCUACUCCUACUGGACACUGGGCUACGUCCUCUCCCUGGCCGGCGCCCGCAAGCUGGUGGCCGCCGAGCCCUUCGGGAAGAUGCUGCCCGUGGAUGAGUUUCUCCCCGUCAUGUACGACAAGCACCCCGUGGCCGAGUACAAGGAGCACUACCCACGGCGCGACCUGCGGGCCUUCUCGGCGGAGCCGCUGCUCGUCUACCCGACGCACUACACGGGCCAGCCCGGCUACCUCAGCGACACGGAGACGUCCACCAUCUGGGACAACGAGACGGCCGCCACCGACUGGGACCGCGGCCACGCGUGGAAGGGGCGUCUGCGGGGCGCCGCCAAGAACACGGAGGCCCUGCGGCCUGGCACUGCGCCCGCCCGGGGCGAGCUCUGA